AUUAUGACAACAAAACAAUUAGUUCUUAGUCACAUUGAUCAAUGGAUCAUGAUGGAACAACAACAUCGUAUGAUUCGAUUAUUAUUAAAUACAUUCGGCAUACUUGGUGUACAAUUACGACCAUUACAAUGGAAUAAUGUAUUGAGCAUCUUGAAUUGGUCAUUAAACAAUUUAAUUAUUGUUGCCACAUUGUAUUUAUUGAAUGAUCAAAAACCAUUCCAUAGUCGAUUGGCUAGUUUAAUAUCAUCCGAUCAAUAUUUAAUGUAUUAUUAUGUUAAAAUUUGUGCAAAAAUCAUAUUUCCAAUCAUCUGUCUUUUUUAUGUUAUCACUUAUUGGAUUUAUGGUCAUCGAUUAAUAAGUCAAUUGCAAUCAUCCAGAUUUGCAUCGAUUAAAAUUCCUAAAAGAGUUGAAAACAUAGUGAUUAUUGUUGCAUUUGUGAUUCCAAUGUUUUUUCUUUGUCUACGAAAUUAUCUACCAUUUGAUUCAUUUAAUUUACAAACAUUAUUUGCAAUUGAAAUAUUUACAUUUUAUCGUUCCGUUACAUGGAUUCUGUUGUAUUUCAAUCAAUUGGCUAAUCUUCGUGUUUUGGAACAAAUUCGUCAACGAUAUCUACAUGAUGAUAUUGAAAAACAAUUAGCUAAUGGAAGAAAAUGUCAAAGUUUAUGUUUGCGGCGGCAAUCACGAUGCAUUUCUUCGAUAUCGGCUUCAUUGGAAAAAAUCGGAAAAAGAAACGAUCCCAUUCGUCAUACGUUGAAGAAUCAAUCAUCAAUAACGAAAUGUCGUGAUCUUUUUGAAGAAAUGAAAGAUCUUGCUGAAUUGAAUAAUCGGCUGCAGCCAAUGUUUUCCAUAUUGACCACUCUUCAUCUGGUACAUACAUCUGCUGUCGUAACAAUAUUAUUGAAUGAUAUUGCUAUGGCUGAUUUUCCCUAUAACCUAGGAUAUUUUGUUGAAAUUCUAUUUCGAAUCUCCGUCUGGUUUGGUCUUUUAACAUUAAAUCGUAAAGUUUUACAGAAUUUCGAUCAAAUCGAAGGAUUUAUGUUGAGAAAAUUACGUAAAGUCCGCCCAAAUCAAACAUUACCUUCGACAACAAAUUCAUCACCAUUGAAAUGUUCAAAAGUUUUGAAAUUCAAAGAGAUGAACAUUUAUCAACAAUCAUUUCAUCUUCUUUUGUUUGAUGUUUUACGUAUCGAUUUGAAAUUCUUAUUGGAUUGGAUAUGUUUCAUUGCCAGUUAUGCAACAUUGAUCCAUCAAACACGUUGGCUUUGAAAAU